AUGCCUCGAAACAUUCUCAUCACCGGCGGCUCAGGAUAUCUCGGAGGAUCUCUGCUCGCAGAACUGAAGAAGACCAAUCUGCCAGCUCAUGGUACAACCUAUGCUCUCGUGCGCAGCGACGAACAAGCAGAAAAGGUCAAAGCACAAUACAACGCUACACCCAUCACCCUCGACCUCGAAGACCAGUCAGCCAUCACAGCCACUUUGCUAGAGAAACAAAUCUCCGUGGUCUUCUAUAUGAUCAACGCCGCCAAUGGAGACAGUCAAGAAAGAUUCUUCGAGGGAUUGGAAAAAGUAAAACAGCAGCUGGGCAUCGAGACUCAUUUCCUGCACACGAGUGGUGCAAAGAUAUUCAGCGGCUUUGCACAACAUCCGACUGAUCGGGUGCUUAGCGAUAUGGAUGAUGGGCUCUACGAGAUACAAAAGAGGGUGGCCCCACAAAUCCCGCUGUUCAAACAGGCUGUCGGCGCCAAUAACAAGAUUAUUGCAGCCGGCGAGAAGUAUGGAGUCAAGACUUAUAUUUUCAUGCCAUGUAUCGUGUACGGCAAAGGUACAGGUUUCGGCAACCGCAUCUCUAUCCAGACUGUUGCGAUUGUCAAAGCUGCAAAAGCGAUGCGCCGCGUGUGCAAGGUUGACAGCCUCGAAGCUACUUGGCCUGUGUGCCACAUUCAUGACACCACAGCGCUAUACCUUGCUCUGCUAAGUAAAAUACUGGAGGAAGAGAAACUCCAAAAUGGUCGUAGAGGCUACUAUCUGGCUUCUCCCGGGUCGAUCGCAUGGACGGACUUGUACAAGCAAAUGGCAACGGCUCUGGACAAGCGUGGUAUCAUUGACGACGACACAGUUCAGGAAGUCUCCGACGACUCUCCGGAAGAGGCUGGAAAAGCUCUCGGAUGCCCAAAGGAAUUCGUACCAGUCCAGAUGGGCGGGGCGUGUGCUCUACAGGCCGAUCGUGGGAAGACAAUUGGGUGGGCGCCGGAGUAUCCUGCACAGCACAUUCUUGACGAUGCGGACAACGAGGUGGACCUGAUCCUGAACAACAUCUGA